UAAGAAAUUAAUUUCACGGUGAGAUUUGUUCGCGCUGUGAUUAAUUCGGUCUUUCUCUUUCCGACUUACUUUUUCUGCGGUGUAUCUUUAUUAUGUUCUUAGCAUCAUUCAUAAUCGCCUAAAAGCGCAUUACAUCCACAGUUUUAUUUUUGAAAAUUGAUGCUUUAAGAAAUUUUGAAACAUAAAGCAAAUGCGUUUCCGAGAUGCAUAGCGUCGAAUGACUGUAAUAAUUUUCAACAUGAUAGCAAGAAACACGCAUUUUUUUCAAUUAUUUUGCUGUGCGUUUUAUUAAGGAAUUGAAGAAUAUUCACAAAAGAGAUGAAGAAAUAAGAGAGAAAUUAUCUCGAGAUAAGUAGAUUAAACCCAUCAUUAAAUAUAUAGAGAGCGAAUUGACGAUAAAAACAAAGAGAUGUGAUAAAAACAAAGCAUUGACGAUACGAUAAGGAAUUUAUGGAAGACGUGACGAUCGGGAAGUGUGAGAGAGAAGGGAAGGCUUGAUCUCAAGGAUGACAUAAAAUACUAGACGAAGGAAGAGUUUAAAUUUAAGGAAUUCAGAGAUAGAAAAGUGGAGGAAAGACGCGGAAAGAAUUACGAGAAAAUAAGAUAAGAGAAGAAAAAGUUGGCAAAAACGAUGAAACAGAUUGUUGAUGUCAAUGGGGAUGUUGCGAACUCGAAGAAGAUAAAAAAGGAAUACGAUGUCGUACGAGAGAAGAAAGACGGAACUGGCAAAGAAUCUGUACAUAAGGAGGAUGAAUUCAAGCAUGCUAAAGACAACGAAUGCGCGCAACAUAUGAUACUGCCAAGAACCGAGCAACAGUGGACACGAUGCGAAAUUGUAGGGAUGAAACUGCAAAAGAAGGAAAUGGUUUAUUCAAUCCAGCACCCUUAUUCUGUAACUUUUUAACGCUGCGUUAUAGGGUGCGGUCGAUUUGCCGCUCUCGAAUGCUUUGAACGUUUUCGUUUGCAACGCUUCCAUGGAACGGUCAAUUACCGCUACCAACGUUGUCAACGCGAUCAAAUCGACCGGUCUAAAGUGUUUCUAAACGUUGAAAUUAGUAUUUUGAACCGUAGGCAGAAUGUGAAAUUGGUGGAAUAACAACGAAAAACAUUUUACUGGAAUUUUAGAGUGGAAUUGGUUAAAUAUGAAUAAUAAUAUUAUUGCAAUAUGUAUUGCGAAAAAUUAUUUAGAAAGUACUAAUGAUAUGUAUGAUAAAGAUAUAAUAAACAUCAUAAUAACCUAUGAAAAUGAAAAUAAUAAAAAUCGUAUUCGUAAUGUUUAUAAUAUUGAAAAUUACGUUGAAGUACCAUCACUCAGUAGCGAAUCUUUUAAAUCACAUUUUCGAAUGCUACCUUCUACAUUUGAGUUUAUUUUGAAUGAGAUUGGAGGGCAACUUUGUCGGAUGACUGAGGGACAUAAAAUGGUGCCUGCAGAAAAACAACUCUUAUUAAGUCUAUGGCGUUUUGCAACUUCAGAUUCAGAUACAGAUCAAUAAUUCAUAGGUUUAAUGUUGGUAAAGGCACAGCAAUAAAUAGUGUGCGCCAUGUGGCUAAAGCAUUAUGCAAGCUUUCACCAAGAUUUAUAGUGUGGCCUACAGAAAAUAAAAUACAUAAUAUUAUAUUUGGUUUUUCUGACGUAAAUGGUUUUCCUGAUGCUAUUGGGGCUAUAGAUGGAACACAUAUAAAUAUACCUGCACCUACAAUAAAUCCAGAAGCUUAUGUCAAUCGAAAGGGGCAUCAUUCAAUUCAUUUGCAGGCUGUUUGUGAUCACACGAGAUAUUUUACACAUGUCUAUGUCGGAAAUGUGGGUUCUGUUUAUGAUUCUCGUGUUUUUCGUUUAUCGACUCUACAAGAAUAUAUCAAUAAUCCAAUUAAAUUUCCAAAUAAUACACAUUUAAUUGGAGAUGCUGCUUACGCGUUACAUAAACAUUUAUUAGUGCCUUAUCCAGAUAAUGGCCAUCUUACACAAAAUCAGAAGAACUAUAAUUUUUGUCAUUCUUCUACUAGAAUGGUAAUCGAAAGAGCAUUUGGUUUUUUAAAACGACGUUGGAGAAGUCUCUUACAUGUUCUGGCAGUGAAUCAUGUGGAUUUUGUACCUUAUCAUAUAUUAACAUGUUGUAUCCUGCACAACAUUUGCUUGUUGCAAAAAGACGAAUUGCAUAUGCAAGACAUUGUCAUAGAAAAUGAAGAAGCAGGAUUACAAAGAGACAGAGUUAUUGAGUACAAUGACAGAAAUGUUGCAAUAGCUAAAAGAAAUAAUAUAUGUGCAAAUUUAGCUAUAAGAAAUAGCUAAUAUAUGUGAUUUGAAUAUGGUAUAUGUAAUAUGUUCACGUAUAAAAACAAAUGCAAUAUAUUAAUAUAUGCUAAUAUUAAUAUUUAUUAUUAAUUAGGUUAAGAAUACAAGUUUUUCUUAAUACGUAUGUUUAAUAUAAUAAUAUAUAUCCUUAGAAAAUGUAAUUAUUAAAUAUAAUAUCUAUUUUUAAAGAAUUAUUUUUUGUUAUGAAAAUAAAAUAGAAACUUAGCAA